AUGACUUCCUAUAAUCCCAUACCCAACCAUCCCCCCAUCAGCUCCGACCCCAAUCAUGGACCUAGCAACGACAUUGCCUCAUUCAAAAAAGUGCUCUCUUCCAGCACCCGUGUUCUCGCUCUGUGCGGUGCUGGACUUGGCGCCUCUUCUGGUCUUGACACUUUCCGUGGACCAGGUGGCAUGUGGCGAAAUCAUCGCGCACAAUCACUUGCUACCUUGGAUGCUUUCACGAGAGAUCCGGGUUUGGUUUGGUUGUUUUAUUCAUAUAGACGGCAUAAGGCUUUAGCUGCGGAGCCAAAUAAGGGUCAUUUUGCGCUGGCGGAGUUGGCGAAGAGGAUGCGAAAGGGUGAGGAAGAGGGGUUUGUGUGUUUAACGCAGAAUGUUGAUGGUCUGGCUCAACGUGCAGAUCACCCGGAAGGUUCGCUCAAACUUCUCCAUGGAUGUCUCUACGACAUCAAAUGCGCCAAUCCAGUUUGUGAUUACCGUGAACGCAACAAUUUCAAUGAUCCUUAUCAUCCAUCACUUGCGAUUACCAGCGAGGAUGACGAAAAACUUUUACCUGCCGCCAAUGAGAUAGUGAGACAUUCCCUUCCCUUGUCUCUUAGCCCUGCAAUGUUAUCUCGAGUUGGCACCGAAGUCCAACAAGCCCUGAUAACCUACCUCGAUCCAAACAAAAAAACUACCACCAUUGCCAAAGACGAGCUUCCUCACUGUCCCCAAUGCCCGAACUCGCUCCUACGCCCAGACAUCGUCUGGUUUGGCGAAACCCUCCCUACGCAUACCCUGAACGAAGUAGAUCGGUGGAUCGAUAAAGCCCCCGUUGAUCUCAUAUUAGUGAUCGGGACUACGGCACAAGUAUAUCCAGCAGCCGGAUAUGUUGAUGUGGCUCGGAAUGCUGGUGCAAGAGUCGCAGUGAUUAAUAUGGAUGCGCAAGGAUUGGGUAGUGCGGGUGGCUUGGGAAUGGACGAUUGGUUGUUUUUAGGGGAUGCCGGGGAAAUUCUGGAAGAAAUUCUGAGUCCUCCGAGUGGUGAGGAGGGUAAGGGAGAGGAGGAGGUAUCGAAGUAG